CAAAGGCUUCGGUUUCCCCAGAACCUCUUCACAGCUUCUCUUCUGCGCUGCACAGGAGCCAUGGGGAAUAACAUGGACCAUGACUACUACAAACAGAAUCUGGACUCAAAAGAAAUUUCCGACUUCUUUGGAAACAUCUCCUCCGGUUACUUCAACUACAGCGAUCUCAACGACUACAAUGAGAGUGAAAUGUGUUGCCCUGUCCCCCCCUGCAAGUUCUAUACCAUCCAAGCCUUUGAGAAGACCUUCCUUCCUUUUUUCUAUGCCCUGAUUUUCGUUGUGGGGUUGUGUGGGAACGGCAUGGUGAUUGCAGUCUUGCUGCGUGCCAAGGAGACCUUGCCUGGGACGGACGUGUUCAUCUUCAACCUGGCCUUUGCAGAUUCUCUACUGGUGGCGACGCUCCCUUUCUGGGCAGUCCAAGCUGUGCACAGCUGGGUCUUUGGAGAUUUCCUGUGUAAGGUGAUAGGUGGUAUUUUCAAGAUCAAUUUCUACUCCAGCAUCUUCUUCCUGGUUUGCAUCAGCUUUGAUCGGUACCUCUCCAUCGUUUACGUCAUCCGCAUGUACAACAGGUCCAACUCUUGUUGGAUCCUCUGCAUCUCCUUGGCCAUUUGGGUCCUCUGCGUUCUUCUCACCGUGCCAGAUUUCGUCUACCUGAAAAAGGAGUACGAUUCCCGCCAGAACACCAGCUCCUGCUCCCUUAACCUUGCCUCCAGUUGGAAGAACAAUCUACGCAUUUUCAACCAAGUGGUCGCUUUCUUCCUCCCGCUGUUAGCCAUGGCGUAUUGCUACACCCACAUCAUCUGCACGCUGCGGCGCUCCAAAGGUUUCCAGAAGCAGAAAGCCCUUCGGGUCAUCCUCGCCGUGGUGGCUGUUUUCUUUCUCUGCUGGACCCCCUACCACUUGGUUAUGCUUAUUGACACCCUGAUUUACUUCGAAAUUCUGGAGCGAAAUUGUGAGUGGGAGUCAAAGGUGGACAUUGCAGAGACCGUCACGACCAGCUUGGGGUUUUUCCAUUGUUGCCUCAACCCGUUACUCUACGCCUUUGUCGGUAUCAAGUUCCGGAACAGAUUCCUUGAACUGCUUGAGAAGCUUGGCUGCGUGAACCACAGGUUCCUGAAGAAACACACCCACUUGUCGAGCCGCCGGAAAGAUUCAACGUGGUCAGAGAGCACGGAGGCUUCCUACACAGGUCUCUAAUAAGCUGCCUGCAUUGUACGAGACUCUACGGUUCGAGCAUUUUGCUGUGGGUCUGAAAGUGACCUGUGUGUUCAUUGUGUCCCACACUGGUCAGCCAAGCAUUGCAGAACGAUACAAAUAAUUGAAAAACAGUUUGGUGUAGUGGUUAAGAGCGGCAGGACUCUAAUCUGGAGAAUCAGGUUUGAUUCCCCUCUCCUCUGCUUGAAGCCAGCUGGGUGGCCUUGGGUCAAUCUCAGCUUCUCGGCGCUCUCUCAACCCCACCCGCCUCACAGGGUUAUUGUGAGAGUAAUAAUAACACACUUUGUAAACCACUCUGAGAGGGCAUUAAGUUGUCCUGAAGGGUGGUAUAUAAAUCAAAUGUUAUUAUUAUUACCCCCAAAAUUUCAAUAUUUUCUUAGUAAAUAUGUUUGUGUGUUGAAUAGUCCACAUGUGGGACGUUAAUACUGAAAAAACUUUAAUUUGUUUUCUGCACUCUGGACAAUACUAAAUGAAGCCACACAUGGCUUCAUUUAGUCUGAGGUCUUUUUAAAACUGAGGUCUUUUUAAAACACCCGUCCGGGAUACUGAAGAUCACCUACACUUGAAUUUCAGAAGUCACCAUAGCUCUGAAUUCUGAAAUUUCACUUGUUAACAUUCCGGUUUGGGAAAAGAUUGUUUGCUAAAUGUUGUCCUUUCAAAUCCUAAUUUGUUGCAUGUGUUUGGGUUGCAGUUUCUUCAUCCUUAACUCUCAAGUACGGAAGUUGAGUUUUAAAAUUUGUACAAAGACAUCUGAAGUGCAAGUAUUUGGGAAUUUCAUACCUGAGAAUUCAUUUCCAUGCCAUAAACAAAGUGGAGCCAAGAUAGAUUCAGAUAAAUUGCCCGGUUUAUGGGCUUCUUGUGGAUAUUGGCGGACCACACUUAGCAACAUAACGGGAUUUUCAUCUGGGACACCUUAGACACCAACAUGAUUUUCAGAGUGUAAGCUUUCAAGCGUCAGAGCUCCCUUCUUCAGACACAAAUAGGAAUGGAGAUCCCUGAGCCUCAUAAGAUCACUAUUUCUAAAAAUCUUGUUGGACAAAAAUCCUGCUGUUCUACUGCAGACCAACAUGGCUACCCACCUAACUUAGCGACAUAGUGGCUGCUUCCGCACACAUUGGAUAAUCCACUUUCAAUACGCUUUAGUGAACAUUUAUAACUGCUUUUCCAUGUGUGGAACAAAAAAUCCACUUCUAAAGGAUAAUGAAAGUGCAUUGAAAGUGCAUUAUUCAACGUGUGUGGAAAUGACCAGUGUCAGACUUCAUAGACCACAGUCGAAUUUAGCUGGGGUCUUCUCGCAUCCUAACCUGUUUGAUUCUCUAGAUGCCUUAGUUCUUUGAACAAUGCAAAGCCCACUCCUAACGUGAAAAAUAACGAUUAACUCACAUGAACGAAUGAAAAGAGCCGUUUUUUAACCACACGUCAAGCAAAAGUCAUAAAGUGUACUUCAGUUCUCUUUAAACCUGAUACUGCCAUUUUGGCUACAGCAAAUAGCAUUUUAAUCGAGCACUCUCUUGCUUGCUGCCUUGGGAGAACAUUUGUAUAUUCUUGUGCAUGUCUGAUAUCCUAACGCCAAAACGUGUGCAAAAAUCUUUGUAAUACGUUUGCAAGUUGAAAGCCUGAACAUUCAACUAGAGUGCUUCUAUGGAAGGUUUGGCUACAGAACUGAGCAGAGGCAAAGCCAGGUUGGGAAAAGAACAUACUGACGUUGGGGAAAGCCUAGAAAGUGGACAAUCAGAGGAUGAUGUUGGCCGUUUUCACACAUCUUACCGGCUUCGGUACGUCGCGCAAAGCUCCCGCAAGGACAACAUCUUCCAGGCUCGAUUUCCCGGUUCUCGCACGAAAUUGCACCAAGAAGACACUGUCCUUGCAGGAUCUUUGCGUGACAUACCAGAGCCGGUAAGACGUGUGAAAAUGGCCAUUGUGUAACUGCUCAAACACCUCUUCCAGCAAUCCAAACCCUGCUACAGGCAAGAUGGAGAAAAACCUCCAUGCGGAUGCAACCGAACUGUGUCUACAAGCUUCCCAGCAUCUACCUGGAAAACUUUGCCAAGAAAAGGUCUAGGUCUCGCUUCUUCCUGAAGAGGAGAAAGGCAAACCAUCUUAUUCUUUGUACUCACGCACUUCGCUGAUAACUAUCUAUCAUUUUGUUAUACUUCUGUAACCAGGGCUUUUUUCCCAGGGAGAAUAGAGGUGACACCUCUUUACAGAGUACUGACGCCUCUUGGGCAUUCAGGAGGACUUGGGUUGAGUGGGGACAACAUCAUGAGUAUUGGAAAUCCCUCAAAGGCCCAUUGCUAAAAAAAUGGUAUCAGAAAAUCUGGGAGCAAUAUUUGAUGGGUAGGAUUAUGCAUAAUCCGUUUUUUGGGAACUUGCAUAUGGCAGUCCCUUUAUUUGAAUACGAUGAAAUACGGAAACCAAUUUUAGAUGUCUUAAAUGCCCAAGAAGUAAUUCCCCCAAUGCAACAAAGCUUAAAUGCUCGUUUAUUGUAAUUCUUGGGUUUUUAACAAUUUGCCAAGAGUGGUUUUGAUAAUGUCUUUUAUGGCUUAGUUUUAAUCCCUUUCUUGUUUGUACU